AUGGGCUCUCUCAUCUGGGACGACGAGAAUCGCUACGUCGGCAAACAGCCGUACUGGAAGGAUGCCGUCUUCUACCAGGUGUACCCCGCAAGUUUCAAAGACGCAAACGGCGAUGGCUGGGGCGACCUCGAGGGGCUGAUCUCCAAGGUCGACUACCUCAGCGACCUCGGCGUCGACGUCGUCUGGGUGUCGCCUAUUUUUGCCAGUCCGCAGAAGGACAUGGGGUACGACGUGUCGGAUUACCAAGCCAUUGAAGCCGCCUACGGCACAGUCGAAGACGUCGACACUCUCCUGCGCGAAUGCCACAGCCGGGGCAUGAAGGUCAUCCUCGACCUCGUUGUCAACCACACGUCCAACGAGCACCAGUGGUUCAAAGACUCUCGAUCCUCCAAAUCCAACCCGAAACGAGACUGGUACAUCUGGAAGCCCGCACGCUACGACGCCGACGGGGUCCGGCACCCACCCACAAACUGGCGAGGCUACUUCGCCGGCCCGACGUGGACCUGGGACGCCGGGACGGAGGAGUACUACCUCCACCUCUACGCGCCUGACCAGCCGGACCUCAACUGGGAGAACGAAGAGUGCCGCGAGGCCAUUUACGACAACACGAUGCGCUUCUGGCUGGACCGCGGCGUCGACGGGUUCCGCAUCGACACGGUCAACAAGUACUCGAAGCGGACCGAGUACGUCGACGCGCCCGUCACGGACCCGACGAGCCCGCACCAGCCGGCGCCGGAGAUGUGGUGCAACGGCCCCCGGAUCCACGAGUUCAUCCGCGAGAUGAACGCCAAGGCGCUGGCGCCCUACAACGCCGUGUCGGUGGGCGAGCUGUCGCUGACGCCGCACCCGUCGCAGGUGCUGCCCUACGUGUCGGCGGCGGCGCGCGAGCUCGACAUGGUGUUCGAGUUCUCCGUCAUCCGGCUCGGCAACGGCAACGGGUUCGGCGGCAAAUACCUCUACGACCCGUUCCCGCUGUCGCGGCUCAAGACGCUGACGGCGACGUGGCAGGCCUUCAUCGAGGGCACCGACGCCUGGGCGACGGCGUUUUGCGAGAACCACGACAACGGGCGCGCCGUGUCGCGGUUCGGCGACGACGCCACGCCCGCGCUCUGGGCCGCGAGCGCCAGGACCAUCGCGCUGUGGCAGGCCACCAUGACGGGCACGCUGUUCCUGUACCAGGGCCAGGAGAUCGGCAUGACCAACAUGCCGGCGGCGUGGGGCGUCGAGGAGUACAAGGACAUUGAGAGCUCCAACUUCUACGCCGAGGCGUGCGCGUCGGGCGACGAGGACAAGAUGGCCAAGACGAUGCACGGUCUGCGCAUCAUGGCGCGGGACCACGCGCGGAUCCCCUUCCAGUGGGACGACUCGCCCAACGCCGGGUUCACGUCUGCUGACGCGAAGCCCUGGAUGAGGGUGCAUGACGAGUACAAGAGGAUCAACGCCGCGCAGCAGAUGGCCGAUCCCAAAUCGAUUCUCUCGUUCUACCGGCAGAUGCUGAGGCUACGAAAGCAUUACAAGGACGUGUUUGUGUUUGGGUCGCACAAGCUGCUCGAGCCCGAGGAUGAGAAGGUGUGGAAGUACGUCAAGCAGAGCCCGUAUACCGAGCAGUGCCGGCGCGUGCUGGUCGUCAUGAACUUUUCCAGAGAGGAGAGACCAGUGGGCGAUGUGGCUGCUGCUCUCGAGUGCGAGAAGGGAGACGUGCGGCUUCUCGUUGGCACGGCUGGCGUGGCGGAGAGCUCGGUCGACAAGAGCGGCUGGCCAGCACUGGGUGUGUGGGAGUCAAGGAUAUACACAAACUUUGAGCUGUGA